AUGGAAUCAGUGGCUUUUGAUAAGACUUUCCUACGAGGUCUUUCUUCGAAAACUGUCAUUGUCACGGGCGGAGCAAAUGGCAUUGGAGCUCAGACAGCCAGGCUCUGCCAUACAUACGGAGCCAAUGUGACCAUUGCAGACCUUGCGUCCUCACAAAAUGCAGCCAACAACAUAAUCACAUCGCUUCCAGCCGGUUCUCAACAACGAAUGAUUUACAUACCGACAAACACUACCAGCUGGAACGACCUGAAACAUAUGUUUUUCAAGACUUUUUCCGCAUUCGGCUCCGUUCAAAUUGUCAUUGCGAACGCUGGAGUCAUGGAAAGUACGAACUUUUGGGAUUUUGACCAGCUUGAUGAGCAAGGGGAUCCAUUAGAACCCAAAGAAUCGAGUAGAGUUAUAGACAUCAACCUGAAAGGAACUAUGAACACUUUGAAGCUUGCAAUGUACCAUAUGCGAUCAAAUCCCCCCUGUUUCCCGGACAGCUCUCGAGGGUCAAUCAUUCUUAUAUCAUCAACUUCUGGAUAUUUUGGCAGUAGCGGUGUCGCCUCAUAUAUUUCUUCGAAGCAUGGUGUGACUGGUGUAUUGCGGGCUUCUCAGGGAGCAGCGAACCAGCUAGGUAUUAGGGUCAACGGGAUUGCACCAUUUUAUACUCCGACACACAUGACCAGUGGUUACUCCGCACUAUGGAGUAAGAGCAGCGUACCCGGAAACACCGUAGAUGAUUUGGCCCAGGCAAUAACACAGACUGCUAUGGAUUCUUCACGCAGCGGGAAAUGCUUCUUGGUUGCAUUGGGCAAGAUGAUUGAGCUCGAAACUUUUUAUAAUGCCAUGGUGCCUGAAUGGGUAGGUUCGGAUGUAGCAGAGCUGAUGAAUUCAGCAGGUCGAUUCAUGAAGGAUAUUGGCGGUUAUAAGUUGCCGCAAGAACGGCCAAAAUUGUAG